AUGAAUACAACUAUAAACCGCAGAGCUUUGCUAGUGAACGGCACUGCUGCAUGCGGAGCUGUCGAUACACCUGAAGAUGCAUGCAGCCUGCUGCUGCGGCAGGCGCUGCUGCAGCAGCAACGAACUCUCACUCAAAACAUUUCUCUUGCUAGUGCUUUGUCUGCUGCAGUUGAGGGGGAGGAUCGUGUGUGUAGGCUGCUGCAGCAGCAGCAGCAGCAGCUGCAGCAGGCUGCUGCAGCAACUGCAGCAGCAGCAGCAAAUGCACGUACACAAAUGCAGGCUGAUCUAGAUGCUGCAAGCAGCAGAGAGCAGCAACUGCAGCAGCAGCUGCAGCAGCUGCAGCAGCAGCUGCAGCAGCUGCAGCAGCAAACAGCAGCAGAAAUGACGCAUGCAAAACAAACCAUUGCAGCAGCAGCAGCAACAGCAGAUCAGUUAAAGGCUGAUUUGAAUCAGCGUAACGCUGAGCUGCAGCAGCAGCAGCAGCAGCUGCAGCAGCAGCAGGAGCAGCAGCAGCAGCUGCAGCAGCUGCUGCAGCAGGCAAAGACGGAGAACGAAGACAAAGACAAACAAAUUAACGAAUUAAAGAAAGACAUACACCAUAAGCUGCAGCAGCUAGAACAACAGUUUUCAUAG